GCUAUAUCACUGCACUAGCUCCAGCGCGCUCGCCAGAUAAACAAGCCGGAAACAAGGUCAAGAAAAUCUAAAUAUUUCCCCCAGCGUAAACCAAAACCGGUGUUAAUAUGGAGGAAUUUAAUAAAAAUAAGCGAAACAGAACAGAACCAAGUGCAGAUGAAACGAAAGAAGCUGAAAAUAAGGUAGAAACACCGUCAACAUCUGCGAGUACGAGUGCGAAUUCAAGUUUGACUCCACAACAACAGACCAGCCCGAAAGCGAAACAGACGAAUGAUGAAGUCAUGCAACCACCGAAGAAAAGGCGAAAAGGGUCAGUUUCUCCAAGUUCAUCACCAUCAAACUCAACAUCGCCAUCGUCGGGGUCAUCGAGCAGGAGAUCUAGAGACAACUCGCCUGCCAUAGACCUUAUUGUUAAUAGUUUAAUCCGUCAGCGGCACCCGGACGGCGUCGUCGGUGGCUCGCCAACACAAACGGAAAGCCAUGGAUCGUCUACGGGACAGGCCUCCGACGUGAUCUCGUACAUACCGCCCCCACCUCCGUAUCCAAGCUGGCAAAGCCCGCAAAGAGUCGGCACGCCGCCACAGUCCCUGGGCCUGGCACCGACCCGUAGGCAGCAGGCUGGUGUGGAGUCUGGUGUUGGAAUCUUACGAGAUGGUGCAGGCUGGCCAGGGUUUGGGAGUGAAGAAGAGAUGGGGAUGAGCUCCAGUGGAGCAGAGGAAGAUGAAAGGAACAAUAAAUAUUCCGGUUUUGAAUGGCAGUGGGAUGACAAUGCUAAGUCUAAUGCAUGCUGUCUUGCCAAAAUGAAGACUGAAGUGAGGUUUCAUCUAGAUUACAGCUGUGGGACUGCAGCAGCCAGGGGAUCAGAGAACAUGAAGGAUGGUCAAUUCUUCUGGGAGGUCAAGAUGGUCUCGCCGGUCUAUGGCACAGAUAUGAUGAUAGGUGUUGGUACGCAGCAAGUUGAUCUAAAUCAGUACUCUAGGGCUUUCUGUAGCAUGCUGGGACACGAGCCAAGCAGCGAGAGCUGUGGACUCUCCUACACUGGUCGCUUUCAGAAGGGAGGCAUCGGUCGUAUGUACUGCAGCAAGUUUGGCCAGGGAGCAAUCAUCGGCAUGCACCUGGACAUGUGGUUUGGAACUCUCACCUAUUACAGGAAUGGGAAACAUCUAGGUGUGGCAACCAGGAAUCUACUGGGUAAGACAUGGUAUCCCAUCGUCAGCUCUACAGCAGCCAGAUCCAGCAUGAGAUUAGUCAACACCAAGUCAUUCCCCAGCAACCUUCAGUUCUGGUGCUGCCAGGCCCUCAGAAAAGCUGUCCCGCCCGAACACAACGUCCUGGACGUGGUACCGCUCCCUCCGGGCCUCAAGAACUUUCUGGACGACAAUCUGUCGUGGCUGCUCAGGGCGCACGUGGAGUGCAAGACGAAGGAAACACAGACGGUGCUUAGCAUGAUGUCAAAGAGAUGGAAAGAAAAGAUGGACCCGGAAGAUGAGGAUGUAUGAUGGAAUGCCAUCGAAAGCUUCCUUCAAAGAAGAUGAAUUAACCUAUUGGAAAGAGAAAUCUAGAGAUGUCUUUAUUAAUCUUGAGGGAACUGCUAGAGUGCAGUAGUCAGUGUCUUUUGUGUCGAUGUGGAGACAAUGCUGAUGUUUUAAACUUGUUUGUGCCAAUGGUUGGUUCACAUUUUCUUGCCAUGGAAUAGAUUUUGAUAUUGUCAACCACAGCAUAUAUUCAUUCAGACAUCUUUUGAGCUUUGGUUGGGCUGACAGUAUUCUUAGAGAUUUGAAACAAGUACAAUGUGUGCUUCAUUAAGCAGCUUUCAACUUGGAGGAAUUGCAAUCAAAUGCCAGAAUUUUAUUGAUUGAUACUGACAUCUUUAAAUUGGCUAAUCAUUUUGAUUGAGCUUUUCUUGUAGAAUAUAACUGAACUUGAGAUUCACCGUCAUCAAUAGAGGUUAUAUUUAGCUGAUCAUGUUGACUGAAUGGCAUGUGGUCAUACGUAUAUCACAUGGUCAUUAACGUGUCUGUGUAUCUAUAUGAAUCUUUUUGAAUAAGCAUCAAUCUAGCCUGCAAAGCCUAAUUCAGUGCUUCGUUAAAAGUGUUGUGGACAUGCCUGGAAGAUGUUGACAGUUCCUUGAGGGGGGGGGGGGGGACAAUGGAUGGGGGUAUUACAUGUACAUGAGUUCAAUAUGCACUACCCUCAAUGUUCUCAUAUUCAGUACUACCAACAAUGAAUAAUAUGUACAUUGCGGUGGUAAUUAAAACAACUACAGUGAUAAAAAUUAAUAUUUUUCUGCUUGAAUUCAGUCUGUCAUUUUAUAUUCCCCCCCUAACAAUAUUGGGCUACAUUCUUCUACACACACUGUACAUGUACAUAAAAUUCCCGGAGGAGGAAGGAAUAUUAUAUGAAUCAAUUUCUAUAAUUGACGUCUACGAAUUCUUUAACACACUGUAUAUGGAGUUGAAUUCAAGAGUGUAAUCUGGGGAUUUAUUUAUUUCUUUCCGGCCAGUGCUUGUUGACAUUUGAAAUCGAUGUACAAGUGGUUUGCGUGCAAUGGAGAUUUUUAACUAUGGUAAUAUUUUUAUAACUCUGUACAUUUAUGAUUUAUUUUUAAUGUAAUUUUAAUUGGUAUAUUUCCCUGAUAAUAUGUACAAGACCCCAAUGUAUGUAACUCUGCCUUAAGGGGACAACGAAAAAAAAGGAAAAAAAGAAAAUGGAAUAAAAAUUGAAAAAUUUUAAGGCAUUGAGACAAAAUAGGAAAGCUACAUGUAGUAGAUAAACUUUCUUGUGAGGGCUUGAGACCAGGUACAUGUAGGGUUUAAAAAGUGGUCAAAGUCCUUUCAUAUGUUUAUGUGUGCAAGUGUUUACAUGUAUUUUUUAUUCUGUUUAUACAAAAUGGUAGGUAUUGUAUCCUUUCUCAUUAUUUUCAAGUUAUUUUGAAUGUUUUUAACAUACAUCCAAAGCAUGAAAAGUGAAUAUAUGGCAAUUAUUUUGCACUACAAUUUAAUAUUAAAUAUGUACAUCAAACUUGUUUAUUUCAGAUGAACAGUUUAACACUAACAUUGGCAAACAGAGCAGCUUUGUAUAUGUGGUACGCUGUAAAACAAAGAUGGCAGGAUCAUUUUGGGGGUCUGUAACACAAAGGUCAGUGAUUGAUCUUACACUUGAUUGUAAUGAUUGAUUGUACAUUGUAGCCAAUGCAAUCAAUCAUAAAAUAAUUGUUCUAUUAUUGAUUACUAAGCUUUGUGUUAUGGGCCCUUGGUCUUGAUAUUAAAAAAGGGUAACACUGUAAUCCAGUAUUAUAUUGAAUGUUAGUUUAUGCAGUGUAUGCUUGUUAUUCCAAAAGUUUUUAUUUACUCCAAAGCUAUAUUUCCACCCAUUCAAAUUGCAUAAACCAAAAUGUUUGAAAUGAUAAUCUGAACGUUAUUCUGAAGGUUCGUUAAUCGAAAAUCUAAUGGGGUUUGUAAAUCUGACAUUGUAAGACAAUGAAGGAAGGACCAUUAUAUACAUGUACCAAAGGUUUGAUUGUCUGAAAAUGGAAUAUGGUUUGUUAGUAUGUAACUACAUGUAAUAACCUAGAUAUGAACCUUGUUUCAUUUGGGACUGUCAAAUCUUAUUUUAUUUUAUAGAAUGGCAAACCUUAUUUCAUUGUUGGAUUUACAGAUUAACAAGCAUUCAAAAGAGUAAAAUUUUUAAUAUUUCAUUGUUGGAUUUAUGUAUUGACAAACCUUCAGAAUAACAAGCCUUACCAGUAUUUCAUUGUUGGAUAAUUUUAUGGAUCAAAAACUAUUCAGAAUAGUAACAUAGCUUUUUUUUCAUUAUUGGAUUUCUGGAUUAAAAAAACGUUUUCAAUAAUAAACUUUUUUAUCAGAUUCACAAACCUAUGGAUUAAGACAUCUUCAGAAUAUGAAGCUUUCAAAGUAUUUGAACCUUUAGGAUAACAAGCUGUAAUUGAUAUUUGUUAUAUGUGCCUUUAAAAAAAUGUCACAGCUCUUGAAGGUAGAGAAAAAUUUGUAAUAUUAAAGGAAAAAAACCCUAAUAGAUGGAAGUUGCAAAUAUAAAUUUUACAUUUAUGAUUGUUUCCUAACAUUGUGCUGUGGUCUCAACGAUGAAGUAUUUAUUUAUUGUGCUGUUUAAUGAAAAGAAAUGAUAUGCUUAACAGAGAAUCACCUUGCUGGAGAAACACACUAAAGUUACAAAAUGUAAAUUGAUUAUUUCAAUACAUUUUAACUACCAUGAGCGGUAACAUUUACAGUAAAUGUACUAAGGCAGCUGUUGUACUAAUAUCAGCAUUAUAACAUUAGUUUGCAAUGCCUAAACAUAUGUAUUUAGCAAUGUGGACAUGCCAAGCCCUACCAUAAUAUGAAUAUGCCAAGCAAUGCUGUUAAAUACCCUACAUGUAUCAUGGUUCAUCAGGCUUUUUGAUUGUGCUUCAAAUUUUGACAUGUCCAGAAUAUCUCUAGGGAGGGGGGGGGGGGGGGGGCAGUGAAGUGACAAAGUAUUAACCAAAAAGUUUGUUCUGUGUACCAAAUCAGGAUUGCAAGAGAUCACACUCCAAAAUAGAUGCUGUACUGUAGUUUGGAUUAAGAUACAAACAUGACCAAUUUUAUGUAGUUCAAAAUGUUCAAAUUUGCAAGCAUUCACCCUUAUUAUGUUAGUAUUGCUUCUUAUGCCAGUAUUCUUUGAUUCUGUAGAACUCUAUUAAAUGAUAGUGUGAAGAGUGCCUCUGGUAGGCAAACAAAAAGACCACCAAGAAUUUUUAUGUUAAAAUGUAGCGCUGGCGCAGCAUGUCUUUUUGUUUAUAAAGUCGUCACGUCGAUGCAAGAAGUCGUGUAACACCACACUUCUGCGCUUGACAUGCGCACAAAAACACCUUCAGCAGCACGCGUAAGUGCUUUGUGCAAGGGUUUUUCUGCACUGCUGCGUGAAAAUGUUUUGCUAUGGGUGUUUUUGCUUUGACACGGCAGAGUAUGUAUUUAAACGAUUUCUCUACUUGACAGAAAAUAAGGUUUUAAAAACUUAAUACCGGUAGAUUUAUAUAAAUCACUUUUGUUCAUCUGGGCCCUGAAACAGAGAAAAUUUGCAUUCAGUGGUCCUGUUGAGUACAAUGUUUGCAACAGAUCGUAAUCUUUUUUAACCUGGCCAAGAUACAUAAGCCAUAAGAGUAAAAGGCACAAGUUUCUUUUGAAAUAUAUUCAAUCAAAAUCUAUCUAUGUUGUGUUGAGCGGUGUUUAUAGAUACAUGUUGUAGAUAAGAUCUUAUUAAAAAAGCUCUCUUGCAGGAUUUCGAUGUAAAAUAAUGCCCGUUGUCAAUGAAUGAAAUUGCUAUGAGCUGUACAUAUUGUAUUAAAAUGAUUAAGCCGAUAUUAA